GGCUUUUGGAAGGGCAAAGUGAAAACAAGACCUACAAGACCUUUUCGGCCUCGGUUGCAGCUGCGCUCGUCCCAAUCCGCCCACCCGAGUCCCUGCGACGAGACAUGGGGACGUCGGAAAGCAACUCCCCUCAGGUGAAUCACCACAUGGCCAUUGUCUUGGGUAUCGGACUCGGAGUUGCGACCUUAAUUAUCAUGUGUUUGCUUCUGACUCUUUUCGUCAAUCGCCGCGAGCGCCAUCCGGUCCUCAAAAGCAAAGGCAGCUCCAACGACAAACUGCGCCGGCUGGAUGCCGUCUCCCCGACGCGGACUCUGGAAGACUGGUGGUCGCGAGCCAAAGGGCCGCUGCUCCCCUCCGAAGGUGUGGAAGGCGACUUUAUAUGCGUGGUUUGCCUGGAAUCCGUCCUGCGCUGCCAGGAGAUCCGAGAACUCAAAUGUCUGCACGUGUUCCAUAGAGAGUGUCUAGAGAAGUGGUAUUUGCAAGACCAUUUCAAUUGCCCACUCUGCCAUCGAGCUUAUUACGUGCAAGAGACGCAUCCUAGCAAUGAGUUUGUGUGGAUGGUGUGAAUGGUGAUCACCCCCUGCCACCGACUUUUUCUUGCAACUCUCAAGGCAUUCGUCUUACUCCAUUCCGAUAAUGUCGGCCAGAACCGCAGCACCGUCUGCUUCUUGUCUGGUUCU